UGUUUGCCCACAGCAGAGCACGGCACAGGACCCCGGGGCGACAGGUGAGGCAUCGCCGUUGGCCGAUGGAACAGGCAGCGAUACCGUUGCGCUAGCUUGGGCUGGAUCCCAUGGCCCUCGUGCAACGACCGCUACGCGCUGUCGGUGCGCGCGUGGGUACGGGCGACCUCGCGUGCGCCUCCUCGCAGAAAGACAAGCUCCUUUUUUAAUAUUUGCUCUACGUACGAGCACGAGCGCGAGCACGAGAAAACCAAGCCGUGGCGUGACGGUGGCCGGUGGGUGCGGUGUUGGUGUAGACCGUCACCGUAGAGCGUCGAGGAGCGUGGAGUUGUUGUCAAUUGUAUUGUAUUCUAACCCCACGCCCCGCUCCCCGGGAGUGAGGCCGGACGUCCACUUCAGUAGCACGUAGUACGUGCAGCUCGGGUAGCUCUCGUCCGGUGCGGCAGACGACCACCGGGCCGGGCUGCCGUUCUGGAGCGGAAGGGGGACACUGGUGUGUGCAUGCCGACCGAGGUUUUGAGCGUGCGCGGAUGGCGGACCCUGCGGCGGCGGCGACGGCACCGAUGACCAUCGACUUCCUCCGGGCGCGCCUGCUCUCCGAGCGCUCCGUCUCCCGCGCCUCCAAGGAGCGCGCCGACCAGCUCGCCGCCAGGGUUGCGGAGCUGGAGGAGCAGGUCCGGGCGGUGACGGCGCAGCGGCGGCAAGCCGAGCGGGAGGCCGCGGAGGUGCUGGCCGUCCUGGAGUCCCGGGGCUUCUGCGGCAGCCUCUCCGACGAGCUCGACGCGGGCUCCGAUGCCGACGAGGAGGAGCGGGAUGAGCCAAGCGACGCUACAGCCACCGGCGGCGACCCUGCGCCCCGCUCCCACAACGAGCAGGGACAGGAGCAGCCGCCGGAGAAGGGCGAAGCGGAGGAGGGGGAGGACGCGACGUCCGGGACGGCCCUGCAGCCCGGCGGGCUGUCGUGGAAAGGCCGGUGCGCGAGCCCGCGGAGGGCCAGGCAGCUCAAGCAGCGGCACCGCCGGAGCUACGUCUACUUCCUCGCCUCGCAGUCGGACCCCUCGCCCAAGUACCGGAUGGGCCAGUCCUGCCGGAAGAACAAGCGCAAGGAGCUCAGUAGCGUUGCUGCGGUGGUCGCGGAGAGUCGGAAGGAACAGCGAGACGGACCGCGUUGCGCCGAUGAUGAUGGCCGGACCGAGUUUGACGGCGAGGUGGGCGGAGACGACCGGCGGAGCUCGGGGGACGGUGGUGGUCAGUACGUGAUGAGGCGCGACGAUGGUGAUGGGGAGAUGGAGAGGGUGCUGGAGAAGCAGGCCGAGCUGAUCGAGCAGUAUGAGGCCCAGGAGAAGGCUCAGACGGACUGGGAGAAGAAAUUCAACGACACGCGGGGCUCACCGAGCGAGGGUGACGUUGAGGCAGAUUGCCAGUUCCAAACCAAAUCAGGUGGUGAAAAGCUCCUCGUUUCCAGGACGCACAAGAACGCAUCAGAAGAAAUGGCGCGGACUGCUGCCUUCUCUGCACAAGGAAGCUCCAGCUACAGCACGGCCACAAGACGAAGCCAAGGGGACGCAAAUUCAGACGGCUGCUCGAGCCACUACACCAACUCCGCGUCGUCGUCCGGGCUCGGCACCAUCAAGGCGCCAUCGGAGUCGAGCCCGAGCCCGUCGGUCAGCAAGGUCUCGGACUGGAGCUCGUCGCGCUUCCAUGAUCACGCCGACGACAAUCACGGCAACAUCGACGUGGAGAGCGUUCUCCAAGCCCUGCAGCGCGCCAGGAUCUCCCUGAGGCAGAAGCUGGACAGGCCGCUCCCGCCCAGCCAGGUGACGCUGGCGCUCCCGGCGCCGGGUGAUGAGUACCGUGCGGACCUCUACGACGACGACGGCAACAGCUCGUACAGGGAUGAACACGUCGGGUCGAGCCCGUCUCGGCAGGAAAUACUGGCCCUCCCAGCGCCAGAGGAUUACCAUGGUUACCAUGACCGUGCAAGUGCAAACUGUUGGACCGAUGGGGGCGCCGACACGGCACCCACGGAGAAACCGAGCCCACCUCAGCAGGAGAUCCUGGCUCUCCCGGCCCCGGGCGACGAUGCCGACGUGAAGAUCCCUGUCGGCAGUCCGGGCCUGUUCCGGCUGCCGACAGACUCGUUCCCGAAGGAGGAGACGCUGCCAGCAAUUAGUAACGGGCACGAUGCAGAGCUCGGGCUGAUUGAGGUUGAGGCUGCUCGACACGACACAUACAGAGAUGAUGAUGGUGCUGGGGUUUUACCGAAGCAGUUGUAUGAUCCUCCUACUUCUGGUAGGUGCAGCGUCCCACCGGGCUCGGGCUUCCUCUCUGGGAUCCCAGGACUCCCGGAAGACCUGAGGAAGGGAGGAGGUCUUCUUGGAGACGCAGACCUGUUCAUUUCCAACAAGUGGAUGCUGUAACGUGUGUUUGCUGCUGAU